UUAACAUAGUCGAUAACGCGUUAUGGCGACCGAUGAAGCAGUUCAAGUAGGGACUCCUGAGGCUGUGGUCGAAGAAAGAGGUCCCCAUACCGAGAGCAUUGAUAUAGCGUCGCCUUGUGUUUUCAUGAGGGAGCACGCGUGGUUCUGCACGCCAGAUGUGAAGGCACCUGGUCUGCUGACGAUAUCAGAAAGUGCUUCUACGUUGCAUUUUGAGCCGGAUCCUCGGUUCGAACGUGUGCGGACGGACGGGAUGGGGGCUUAUCAAGUGUAUAUUGAUCUGAGAGACCUUGUGGAGUGUGGAGCUGUUACUGUACCGACUAGCGAACUCGAAGGGGAAUCUGUCCCCCAGGGAACGUUUGGUCACUAUGGCGAGACCGAUCCGGAUGAAUACGCGGCUCAUUUUCUGCAGUUGCAGUUGAGUACACUGCAUGGGCGACGGAAGCAUAAGAUAGGAUCAAUAGGAUCUAUGGCUUCCGCUGAUAAGGAGAAUCCAGCAUUGUCAAUUUCGGAUGAUAAUGUUGUCGUUUUCCAAUUCCCAAGUCGAGAGAAGCUGUAUAAGGUGGCCCAUAGACUUAUUGAUAUUAUCGAUGAUAUAGCUGAGGACCGACGAGUGGACGGAAGCCCAACAGAGAUCAGUACGUUGACGGAGGUGCCCUUCAGCUGCAGUGCUGUUGUGGAAGGACUCGCUAAGAUGGGUCUUGGUGGUGAUACUGGUAGGAAUGCUGAGGAUUCAUCAAAGAGUGGUAUCCCUCCAUCAGCAUCGAGGGUGUCGGUGGUGGCUAUCAGUGAUAUACAGGGAUCAUCAUCUGAGGGGGAGGAGGAGGAUGAUGAGAUAGCGGCGCCUCUGUUGACUAUACCUGUGGAUGAUGAGAGUGCCUUGCAGUACAUGCAGAAUCACCUCCAAAUUAAGGAUCCCUGGUUGCUUACAAGAAGGGCAGCAGCUACUCUCUCGGAUCACCUCCCUAUUAUGUUGCGGUUUACGCAAUGGACGCUAUCGUAUUCGCCCAAGGUCCAUGGUAUAUCAUUGGAUAACUUCUAUAGGCACAUGGAGCGUAUGCCUUGCCCUUCUGUCCUGCUGAUCAGAGACACGGAGGGGACGGUGUUCGGGGCCCUUUGUAUGGCUCAGUGGAGGAAGUCUGGAAAGUUCUGUGGGAAUGGUGAAAGUUGGGUCUUCACCUUUGGCAAGCACGGGUAUGAUAAAGGGGAUAUAACAGUAUACCCCUGGAGUAGCAAGAACGAGUUCUUCCAAUAUGGUGAUGAACGUCGCCUAGUGAUAGGAGGUGGAGGAAGGUCUGGCCAUAGUGCCAUAUGCAUAUACGAUUCCUGGCUGAGAGGAUCUACUGGACACUGUUUGACCUACAACUCGGGGCCACUGGCAUCGAGUGAAGACUUUGUGAUACAGGACGUAGAGGUGUGGAGUCUGAGCACCCCUGAAGAUGAUUGAUGAUGAUACUACUACUACUACCAAUUCAACCAUAUUCAGAAUCUUUUUUAUCAGUACUAUUAUCCUGUUGAGAAUACUGCAAAUAUUGCUAGUCAUUUUCAUCUUCGUCAGCAGUCAUCGUAUAAGGUCAGCAACAGUGUAAUUUU